GCCCCCCCCUGCUGCUGCUGCUACUAAUGGCCAGCCAGCCGCAGGCACCCCUCGGCCAGGUGAUGGACUUCCUGUUUGAGAAGUGGAAGCUGUAUGGGGACCAGUGUCGGCACAACCUGAGCCUGCUCCCUCCUCCCACCGGCGAGCUGGUCUGUAACAGAACCUUCGACAAGUACUCCUGCUGGCCCGACACCCCUCCCAACACCACGGCCAACAUCUCCUGCCCCUGGUACCUGCCUUGGCACCACAAAGUGCAGCACCGCCUGGUGUUCAAGAGGUGUGGGCCCGACGGGCAGUGGGUGCGUGGGCCCCGGGGGCAGCCAUGGCGUGACGCCUCCCAGUGCCAGAUGGGCCACGAGGAGAUGGAGGUGCAGGAGGAGGUGGCCGCGAUGUACAGCAGCUUCCAGGCGGUGUACACGGUGGGCUACAGCCUGUCCCUAGGGGCCCUGCUCCUCGCCCUGGCCACCCUGCUGGGUCUCAGCAAGCUGCGCUGCACCCGGAACUACGUCCAUGCGAACCUGUUCCUGUCCUUCGCGCUCAAGGCCAGCUCGGUGCUGGCCUUGGACGGGCUGCUCCAGACGCGCUACAGUCAGCACCUUGGCGACCACCACAGCGUGAGCGCCUGGCUCAGUGAUGCGGCGGUGGCCGGCUGCCGGGUAGCUGCCGUGUUCAUGCAGUACGGCGUCGUGGCCAACUACUGCUGGCUGCUGGUGGAGGGCGUGUACCUGCACAGCCUGCUGGGGCUGGCCACCUUCCCCAAGAGGGGCCUCUUCACCCUCUACCUGGGCGUCGGCUGGGGUGCACCCCUGCUGUUCGUCCUUCCCUGGGCAGUGGUCAAGUGUCUGUUCGAGAAUGUCCAGUGCUGGACCAGCAACGGCAGCAUGGCCUUCUGGUGGAUCCUGCGCUUCCCCGUCUUCCUGGCCAUCCUGAUCAACUUUGUCAUCUUUGUCCGCAUCGUCCACCUGCUGGUGGCCAAGCUGCGAGCCAGGCAGAUGCGCCACACAGAUUACAAGUUCCGGCUGGCCAAGUCUACACUGACCCUCAUCCCCCUGCUGGGGGUCCAUGAGGUGGUUUUCGCCUUCGUGACCGAUGAGCAGGCCCAGGGCACCCUGCGCUCCGCCAAGCUCCUGUUCGACCUCUUCCUCAGCUCCUUCCAGGGCCUGCUGGUGGCUGUUCUCUACUGCUUCCUCAACAAGGAGGUGCAGUCGGAGCUGCGGCGGCGCUGGCACCUCUGGCGCCUGGGCAUCGCUCUGCGUGAGGAGCAGCGUGCCAGCAGCCACACGGGCUCGGCCGCGCCUCCCCGGUGA